AUGGCGCCUCAAGGAGUCGAGGGGUUCCUUGCCUCUUUGAAAGAGUAUUACAACACUGAUUAUCUUUCCGACAUCACUGUUACCUGCGAAGGUCAAGUCUUCAAGGCUCACAGGAUCAUCUUGUCAGCCCACUCAAAGUGCUUCGCCAAGAUGCUGAAUGGCAACUGGAAGGAGAGCUCCGAAGGAAAUGUCGAAAUCAAGGAUUUCGAUCCCGGUGUCGUUGACGCCAUGCUCCGAUUCAUCUACUCAUUUGAGUACGAAAACACGCAGGGUACCCCUCCCAUGAUCUUCGACGCCCAUAUGUACCAGAUUGCAGACAAGUACGACAUUGCGGCACUGAAGACCGAGUCGAAGAAGAAGUUUGAGCUAUCUAUAGCUAAUGGAUGGGCUACGGACGAUUUUCCAGUCGCUGCCAAUCUUGUCUACGUGUUAACACCUUCCGAAGACAGAGGACUUCGCGAUCUCGUCGUGGAGAUUGCCAGGAAGAACAUUGACCAACUUGUUAGCAAGGACGGCUUUCGCGAACUCACGAGGGAGACGCCUGACUUCUCCGCGGAUUUGAUUCCCUUCCUCUGUGGUAAGGGUUCAGGGCCGCGAUUUGUUCAAACUUAUACGUGUCAAUCAUGUUAUCAAGUGGUACAAGGCGAGUUUGCAGCAAAGGUCCAGUUUUGUCCGUUUUGUUCUCAGAGGCUUCCGAACCUGCGAAGACAAAAUAGCUUGUUUGGUUCGCCACCUCCGCAAUGA